AUGACAACAAAAACAAAAGACAUAAAAUCACCUCAUGACAACAACAAAAAAUACUCACACGAGGACUCAAUACAAAAGCACCAAAAGACACCAUAUUACAACAACAGCAACAAAAGACACCAUAUUACAACAACAGCAACAAAAGACACCUUAUUACAACAACAGCACCAAAAGACACCUUAUUACAACAACAGCAACAAAAGACACCAUAUUACAACAAAAGCACCAAAAGACACCAUAUUACAACAGCAACAAAAGACACCAUAUUACAACAAAAGCACCAAAAGACACCAUAUUACAACAGCAACAAAAGACACCAUAUUACAACAGCAACAAAAGACACCAUAUUACAGCAACAGCAACAAAAGACACCUUAUUACAACAACAGCACCAAAAGACACCUUAUUACAACAACAGCACCAAAAGACACCUUAUUACAACAACAGCACCAAAAGACACCUUAUUACAACAACAGCACCAAAAGACACCAUAUUACAACAACAGCAACAAAAGACACCUUAUUACAACAACAGCACCAAAAGACACCUUAUUACAACAACAGCACCAAAAGACACCUUAUUACAACAACAGCAACAAAAGACACCAUAUUACAACAAAAGCACCAAAAGACACCAUAUUACAACAGCAACAAAAGACACCAUAUUACAACAAAAGCACCAAAAGACACCAUAUUACAACAGCAACAAAAGACACCAUAUUACAACAGCAACAAAAGACACCAUAUUACAGCAACAGCAACAAAAGACACCUUAUUACAACAACAGCAACAAAAGGCACCAUAUUACAGCACCAAAAGACACCUUAUUACAACAACAGCAACAAAAGACACCUUAUUACAACAACAGCAACAAAAGACACCAUAUUACAACAACAGCAACAAAAGACACCAUAUUACAACAACAGCACCAAAAGACACCUUAUUACAACAACAGCACCAAAAGACACCUUAUUACAACAACAGCAACAAAAGGCACAAGAGGGCAGCGUAUUACAAUAACAAACGCCACAUACGAGAGAAAAUCUAAAUAA